AUGGAAAAUUUGAUUGGGAGUGAUGAUGAUAAUGCAGAGUAUGAAGGGGAUGGAGAAUCUGAAGAGGGUAAUCAAGAGUAUGAAGAGGAUGAUGAAUCUCAAGAAAGUGAUCCAAAUUUUGAAGAGUAUGAUGAAUCUGAAAAUAGUGAUCCAGAGUAUGAAGAAGAUGAGAGACAAAUAGAAGAUGAAGAUCAUAUGGAUGACAUAAUGGAUGUUGACAACAAUAUACAGGAUGUGGAUGUGGACAUGGGAGAUUUCACUCUCAAUGUUGAAAGUGAUGUGGAAGGUUCUUGUAUAAAUGUUGUUCAUGGGAAUGAACCUGAAGAUAUGGAAGUGAUUAACAAUGAGGAAUUUGAAUCUUUGGAUGAAGGAUCCGACCAAGACAGAGAGAGAAGAGCUCUUAUCAAGAAUUUGAGAAAAGAAAAAAGGUGCAGUCUUGGGGUAGUACAUAAACAAUCUUUUUCAGUUGGAGAUAAAUUUAAUAGUAAAAAAGAAUUAAAGGAGGCAAUUGAUCUGCAUGCACUAGAAUCAAGAAGGAAUCUUUUCUUUAAAAAAAAUGACAAUGUAAGGCUUAGGGCACAGUGUAGAGGUGUUGUACCUGUCACCAAUAAAGGCCAAGUGGGUAGUCAAGCUACCACUUCAAAAAGAAAGGGUAAAGAAUUAAAGACACAAAAAGUAACAUGUGGUUGGUACAUUCAUGCAUCUAGGUCAAAUCCUGAAUCCGACUGGUUUAUAAGGACCUUAAACCAAACUCACACAUGUUUGCAAACAAGGAAACUCAGGGCUUGUACUGCUUCUUUAAUCAGCAAGAAAAUCUUUGAUCAAGUUGAGGCGAAUCCAGAUAUACCUUUGAGAGCCAUACAAGAUCACUUUCAAAAGACCUACCAAGUGGGUGUUAGUAUGGACAAGGUGUUCAGGGCAAAGGAUAAGGCAAGAAAGCAUAUAACUGGUGACUACACAAAGCAGUAUGAACUGUUGAGGGACUAUGUUCUCGAACUUCAAGCCACCAACCCAGACACCACAGUGAAAAUAGAUGUAUGUUCUGAGCCUAACCCUGAUUCCCCAACUAGGCAGUUUAGAAGAAUUUAUGUGUGCUUGGGUCCACUGAAAAAAGGGUUCAAGGCAUGCCUUAGGGACUUAUUAGGUUUUGAUGGUGCCUUCAUGAAAGGACCAUUCCCUGGGCAAGUCCUUUCAGCAGUUGGUCUUGAUUCCAAUAAUGGAAUUUACCCAUUAGCAUAUGGGAUUGUUGAGUCUGAAAACACAGAAAGCUGGAAAUGGUUUUUAGAUAACCUUAGGGAUGACUUGGACCUUGGAAGAAACUCAAAUUUUACUUUCAUAAGUGACAGGCAAAAGGUAAAGUUGGAAGUAGUUUUUAUACAUUUGGUCAUUUAA